AUGAUGAAAAAGACUUGGUUUCUACCUCCUGACUUCACCUUUCUUCCCGAUGGAGAGGUCCGACUUGGUAUGAUACUUAAAUACCCUGAUCGCCCAACUCUUGCGCUCGAUUCGCUCGAAUCACUCGUUCCGUCUGACCCCGGACAAACACCAACGAUCUAUCUCCCAGAGGUGUCGAGCCUGACUGAGACGGACCACGAACACUCCAUGAGCUCUGGACAUUCAGCCAAUUUUAUUUUAUUCGCCAAUACAAGGAUUUUGCGCUUGGAACCGUUGACCAUGAGAUCCGCACCUACGACGAGCUCUCAGCCCACCAACACUGCAGCGACAGCAAUGUUUGACACGUUACAUGAUGUCCCUUUACAUGUAUCAAAUCACGAUAAUAUUUCUUACAAAUUUGGCUCCAUAGGCGUACAUAACGUCGUCAUGACAGUUCUGCCAGACGGGGUAUUCGGGUUGAGCUCUGCGGCAUCUAUUUAUGUUUCAAUGAGACAAACGUUCCCGUCUAUAAACUACAUUUCUAUGGUUGGUACUGGGGGUGGUGUUCCGCCUACAAUCCGGCUCGGCGAUGUGGUAGUCGGUACGCCAACUGCACACUAUGCUGCAGUUGUUCAGGUUGAACAAGUCAGUCGCAUUGAUAUUGGCAGAUGA